CCUCCUUGUUAUUAUAUCAUCUUCCUUUAUUAUUUUCAUUUGAAUUUCUCUCUCUUCAAAAUUUUUAUUCCUCGUGGCUAUAUCUAAGCAACCCAUCAAAUAUUCUUCAACUCUUUCUAGAAAAAAUUGAUUUUUUUUCAUUGAUUUGAUUGAUUUUUUCACCGGAAAGUAUGUCUGCUUCGUCGGCGAUGGGUGAUCCCGGCAGAUUUUCCGGUAACAAAAUGAGUUUUUCCCAGACUUGUAACCUUCUCAGUCAAUACGUCAAGAAGAAACGCGCUCUCGGCGUUUCUGGGAAUAUCGAUUCCCGAGGAACGUCAACUAUGAAUUUGUUUCCUGUAAGUGGGAAACAAGGAACAGCAGCAGCUGAAGAAGAUUCAAAUGGGUGUGUUGGAAAAACCAUCAAUCUCUUUCCUCAGCUUUCUGGGUUUAAUUCAAGUGGGAACAAGCGUGCUAGCCCUGAGCCUCCGACUCCCCAAAUGACCAUCUUCUAUGGAGGGCAAGUCUUAGUUUUUAGUGACUUGCCAGCUGACAAGGCAAAGGAGGUCAUGGACCUGGCUAGCAGCUUUGAAGCUAGCCAAAAGAAGAGGAAGGUCGAAACUACCAACUCGUCUCCCUCUAGCCCUGUUGCUGUCCCAGUAUCAGUCCAAAACACUAAAUCAAACCUGAACCCGACCCUUAACUCAAACCAGAACUUGACUGUUGCUCCGAAAUUUGGGAAGAACGUCAUACCAGCUGCCAUGCCUAGAGUGUCUGAUCUUCCUAUUACUAGGAAGGCUUCUCUUCACCGUUUCCUCGAGAAGAGAAAAGAUAGGCUUGUGGGAAAACUCCCUGCUGAUGUUGCCAACGGAGGCUCAGCAAAACCCGUAGAGGGCAAGGCUGCGUGGCUGGGACUGAACUCUGCGCCAGCGUUCCAGAUGCAGAAGCAGCAGCAACCCUAGUAGUUCUAGACUUAUAGUAUAUGUGUUAUUUAUGUAUACUAUUAUAGGCAUUUUAUAUGCAGUAUAUGAUAUAACUAAUGAGCUUAUUAGCUGUAGUGUUUGUUAUGCUGGGGGGUUUUGGUUAUUAGAAUCCCUGUUUUUAAGUUAGAGCUGACAUUUUUGUGAAACUUGCUAGCUUAUGUAAUUAUUUUAAGCUAGUCUAAGUUCAUUUCUCAGUUGAAAUGAAUAUAUAUAUGAUUAAUAUUUUUGUUGUCUAAAA